UCACACGGGUACCCACACAGCCUUGGUACUAGAACUGCAACUGCUAGUAGCUAGCACGGCCAUUGAAGCAAGAAACUUGCAGCUGCUCCCACUCGUGCAGCCAUGAUCAAGCUGAGGUACUCCAAGAGGCUCUUCAAGAGGAGGCCCUCGUCGAAGCAGGCGGCCGCUUGCGGCGGCGGCAAUGGCGGCGCGGCUGGUGGCGGCGCCGGGGAGAUAGAGUGGGAGGUGAGGCCGGGAGGGAUGCUGGUGCAGAAGAGGGAUGGGAAGGGCGGCGAGGAGGUGAUCGUCGUCAGGGUGUCCACCGGCUUCUCCUGGCAUGAUGUGUCCAUCAGAGCCACCUCCACUUUUGGGGAGCUGAAGCUAAUGCUGUCCAUGGUGACUGGUCUAGAGCCCAGGGAGCAGAGGCUGCUAUUCAGGGGCAAGGAGAGGGAGGACACCGACCACCUCCACAUGGUCGGGGUGAGGGACAAGGACAAGGUGCUUCUUCUCGAGGACCCUGCCCUCAAGGACAUGAAGCUCCGGGCCCUCGCAGCCCAAGUCGUGCAGAGUCCAUGCCAGCCUUUUAUCCAAGUGUAGCCUGGCCCGGCCCGGCCUGUUGUUGUUCUAUCAGUACUACUUACUAGAUCAUGAACCGUACUAUUUAGUCCAGCGUGAAGGUAAUUUUAAUUUCUGGAAGGUUUUUUAUAUCCAGAAUCCGAGGGUAUUUGUUCUCCAAACCCCUCUUAGUCCACUCUUAGUGCCGCUCCAUGGAAGGGCUAAGGAUCCCUGAAGGUGAGAGUGAGAGCGCCUUUUAAUCAUGUAGUUAGUUGCAAGUGCCAGCCAUGUUGGUUGUGAACUUGUGAUGUGAUGUUAAGCCUGGUGUUGGGCUUUUUUUAUGGUCCCUACUGCUUUGGUCAUUUCUCAUUCCAACAAUCCAGUAUGGGUCAGGAUAGGAAUGAGAAAGAUUGUAUGUAUCUUGUGUUCCUGUUCCCAAUGAGUGGAUGAAACCAAGUGUGUCCCUUUUCCAUGA